AUGUCAUCGAAAAAAGAUUGGUUUAACGAUGCUAUUAAAAAAGAAUUUAUUAAAUCAUUUGACUAUAAUUCUUUUGAGGCAUUUAAACCAAUUGCCAAAGGAGGUUUUGGCAUAGUAUCUAAAGCUUAUUUCAAGGAUGCUGAUAAAGUUGUAGCUUUAAAAUGCUUACAUCAUGGUCCUACUAAAGAUGAUGAAGAUUCGCUUGAUGUAUUCAUUAGAGAAGUUAGAUACAUUGCCAAAGUUGAUCAUCACGAUAAUAUAAUUCGAUUUUUUGGAAUUACUCAAG